AUGAGUGAGAACGGCCAAGUCGUGCCAGGCAGCUACUGGAUCUAUGCGCCAAACAAGGGGGCGCCCGUCUUCUUCGCCGUCGCAUUUGCAGUUUCUGGGCUCUGGCAGAUAUGGCAAGGCCACCAGUACAAGUGCUGGCAUGUGACCUGGCACUACACCCUGUGCGCCUUGAUCUUCACGGCGGGCUUCAUCACCCGUGAGAUAGGGGCCUUCGACUACGAGAACCUACCCGUGUUCAUAGCCAGCUCGUGCCUGGUCUACGCCGCGCCCCCGCUGUACGAAGCAGCAAACUACCACAUCCUAGGCCGGGUCCUCUUCUACGUGCCCUACCACUCCCCGAUCCACCCGGGCCGCGUGUGGACGACCUUUGCCAUGCUCGCGUCGGUGGUCGAGGCCCUCAGCGGCGUGGGCGCCUCGUACUCGGCGAACCGGGACCUGCCGGCGCGGACGCAGGACGUCGGCCAGGCGCUCCUCAAGGCGUCGCUCAUCCUGCAGCUGAUCAUCGUCAACAGCUUCGUGGUGCUGGCGGUCCUGUUCCACCGGCGGGUGCGGAGGGCGGGGAUCCACAGCCGGCGCGUCAACAGCUCGAUGCUGACGCUGUACGUCUCCACGGCGCUCAUCGAGGCGCGCACCAUCUACCGCACGGUCGAGUACUUUGGGCUGGCGGGCACCCGGAUCCAGCUGGGCGCCGACCUGCGGGACCUGCCGCCCGAGUUCCGGUACGAGUGGUUCUUUUACGUCUUCGAGGCGAGCCUGAUGCUGGCCAACGCGUUCCUGUGGAACAUCCGGCACCCGCGCCGGUACCUGCCCGCGACGACCAACAUCUUCCUCAGCCAGGCCGACGGGGUGACCGAGGUGGACGGGCCCGGCUACAAGGAUAGCCGGUCGUUCCUGUCGACCCUGUUCGACCCGUUUGACUUUUACGGGCUGGCGACGGGCCGCGACAAGAAGGACCGGUUCUGGGAGGAGGGUCAGCCGGGCAAGAGGGAGGUGGCUGGUGUGAAGGGGGAGGCCAAGCCAGCUGGGCACGAGGAGAGUGCUUGA